GAUUAUGAAUAUGGAGAGGAUAGACAUCACCCAACCUCUUUGGGACCAGAGUACCUUUAUGGGAAGAUUCAGGCAUUUCGCCUUCAUUUCCAACCCAUUGCUGUCUCUAGCUUCAGAGGAAGAAUUGCACCAGGCAAAGGAUCUGUAUUUGAAGUACAAAUCAGGUACAGAACCGGCAGGCACAAAAUACGAGCAGCUGGUUCGAGCGAAGCAGCUAUAUGAAUCAGCGUUCCACCCUGACAGUGGUGAGCUGCAGAAUGUGUUCGGCAGGAUGUCAUUCCAGAUGCCUGGAGGCUGUCUUAUUACUGGAGCCAUGUUGCAAUGGUAUAGAACACCAGUAGCAGUAGUCUUCUGGCAGUGGGUGAACCAGUCGUUCAAUGCUUUAGUGAAUUACACCAACCGGAAUGCGAACUCCCCCCUCACGACUACACAGAUGGGAGUGGCGUACCUGUCCGCCACGUCAGCCGCAAUGACAACCGCGCUGAUCUUCAAGUUCAGCGUCCAGAAACGCGCCAAGAAUCCUAUUUUGGCUCGCUUCGUGCCUUUCGUAGCUGUGGCGGCCGCCAACUGGGUGAACAUCCCAUUAAUGAGACAGAACGAGAUCCUCUUAGGCUUGGAUGUAACUGAUGAGAAUGGUAAAGUGAUCGGCAAGUCUCAAUUAGCGCCCGUGAAAGGAAUCUCUCAAGUCGUCACUUCAAGGAUCGUGAUGUGUGCCCCGGGCAUGUUACUGCUGCCGGUGAUAAUGGAGCGCCUGGAGCCCAAGCCUUGGAUGCAGCGCAUCCGCUGGGCGCAUAUCGGCAUACAGACUGCCAUCGUCGGCAUGUUCCUAACAUUCAUGGUGCCGACAGCGUGUGCAAUCUUCCCACAGAGAUGCAAACUCUCAAUAGACACAAUCAAACGAUUCGAAAAGGACAACUACGAACAAAUACUUAAGAACACGGACGGAAAGCCGCCGGAAUACGUGUACUUCAAUAAGGGACUGUAA